CCCUCAUGAUGGAGCUCGAAAGUCUCGACGGGUCCAGCUGGGAUGUCCUCAUCUCCGGCACUGGCCUGCCACAAUCUCUUCUCGCGCUUGCACUUUCACGCUCCGGCAGGAAAGUCCUUCACGUCGAUCGAAAUGACUACUACGGCGGCGAAGAGGCAGCCUUGACGCUGGCUGAUGCUGAAAAAUGGGCGGAAAACCAUGCUGCGACCAGUGGUGGGAGAAGCAACUUCAGUCAUGCUACCAUAUCGAAGCCUGCUGGCCAUGACACAAGCAAAGCUGCACCAUCACGAUCAUACUCGCUUGCUCUCGCACCGCAAGUCGUUUAUGCUCGAUCAACACUGAUCCCAGCGUUGGUUUCGUCCCGCACGCACACUCAGCUCGAUUUUCAAGCUGUAGGAUCUUGGUUCCUGGUCGAAACCUCCAAGGAGAAUAAGUCUGCCCCUGGUAAACUCAUCAGGGUACCUGGAGGUCGCGAGGACAUCUUCCAAGAUGAUACACUCGACCUCAGGGCGAAGCGUUCUUUGAUGAAAUUGCUACGUUUUGUCACGACAUCGGAAGAGAAUCCGGACGCAUGGACUGAGGACAAAGACUUGCCGUUGCCGGCUUUUCUUCAGCAGAAAUUUGGACUCCCACCAGCGUCGCACGCGCCAAUAUUGGCGUUGACCUUGAGCACAUCUCCGGCAGAAAAGACGGUCGUCGAAAAUGCAGUACCACGAAUCUCUCGACAUUUGAGCAGCAUCGGUCUGUUUGGUCCCGGGUUUGGCGCGCUGGCUCCCAAAUGGGGAGGACUUGCCGAAAUUUCGCAAGUUGCCUGUCGUGCCGGCGCAGUUGGUGGAGGAGUCUAUGUGCUCGGCAAGGGUGUUGAGCAAGCCUCUUCGGCCGACAAAGACUCUCGUGUCAAUGUGACACUCACGGGUCAGGAAAAGGUCUCCACGUCAUGGCUGGUCGGACAAUCUACAGACCUGCCCUCUACUGACACAGCUCACGCUGAAGUCUACGACGCAAUUUGUCGAAGCAUCACUGUCGUAUCAGCCUUGCCUCCCGCGAUCUUCCCACGAACAUCCGAGGGUGGCGUGAUACCUGUCGGUGCGGUGAUUCUGGUCCCAUCGGCCACGCCGGAUGGACCACCAGUAUUCAUUCUCGCUCACUCGAGCGAAUCUGGAGAAUGUCCCACAAAUCAAGGUGAGUUCUAUCGUUCCUUUCCAAAUAACCCGGGCUUCCACAUCACAAGGCCCCAUGAUCUCAUCUUGAAAUGAUGAACAACCUAAUAAUUGAAUACUUAUCUACAUUGUCUGAACAACAUUGACGAUAAACAACCUCUGACAAACUGAAAAACCAUUCGAUGAUUUCAUUUUCACGAACAUAACACACGACCUUCUCGCAAUUGGGAAAGAAAGUAGCUGACCAUGUCAUACUCGAUCUAGCCGUGUUGUACGCUUCCAUCGCCCGGUCUGCGGACGCCGGCGGUUUCGAUCUCCUCUCUAAAGCUGUCGACCAAUUCCUCCUGAGCCUUGCUGGUUCCGAAGACGUCUAUUCUCCUUCUG